UUCAAGCGAACAACACCAAGUUACGUAUUCGAACCGGCGGCCCACAAACCGAUAAAAAAAAGUGGCUGGAAAUUAUGUUCAAGGGCUUGCGACAUGUAAGAAAUGUGCUGCAACGUGGACACUACAAUCAGGCGCGCUGCCAUGCCAACGUGACGCACAUGGGCCAACCAUUUGGGUUGGCCAACAACAACAAGCUAUGCGGCGCCGCUGCAUUAAAACGUCAGAUGGCAGCGCCGAUGUUGCAGCCGCUAAGCUGGCGGCAGGUGCAAAUGCUGCGCUCGGAGUAUAAGGCAAUUGUGGGUGUUAUCGCGCGGUCGCUGCAAUUGACGCCACGCGAAGUGCAGCAAUUGCAUUUGCGCUGCUUGAGCGCCCGCAAAUCCGACAACGAUGCCGAUAAGCCAAGCAGCAAGCCGCAAGAUGUGGACAACAACAACAAAGCCGACAAGUCAGCCAAGCCAACAACGAGCAGCGAUAAAUCGCAUACAGCAGACAGCAGCCAAGAUUCCAAAGCCAGCUCCAGCCCUAGUUCCAGUUCCAGCUCUGGCGAGGAACCCAGCAAUCAAAACAACAAUAAGAACAAUGAAAACGAUGAGAAGCUGAGAUCAGUGCUGACCAAAGCGGUGCUCUGGUUAUUCACGAUCUACAUGUUUGUGGCCUUCAUCUCUUUGUUGAUUACACCGCGCACGGAGCGGCCCGAAGGCUCCACACGCUAUGUAUCCUGGAAUGAGUUUGUGCAUCAUAUGCUAGCCGUUGGCGAAGUCAAGGAGAUAAUCAUACGACCCGAUAUGGAGAUGGUAACAAUUAUAUUACACGAGGGUGCUGUGAUCAAGGGACGCAAAGUGACCUCCACCAUAUUCCAUAUGGCUGUGGCGGAUGCCAACAAAUUUGAGGAGAAGCUGCGCAUGGUGGAGAAGCGUCUGGGCAUCAAGGAUGGCGUACCGGUCACAUAUGAUCGACAGACAGAUACCACGGGUCGCAUACUGAUGCUGUUGCUCUUCUGUGCCCUCCUCAUGUCCAUUGCCACGCGCAUGAAGAGCAUGAAGAGUCCACUCAGCAUGGAUUCAUUUAAUCAAAUGGGCAGAGCCAAGUUCACACUUGUGGAUCCAUUUGAUGGUGGACGCGGCGUUCUCUUCCGCGAUGUGGCCGGUCUCAGUGAGGCCAAGCAGGAGGUAAAGGAGUUUGUUGACUAUCUCAAGUCACCGGAGAAGUAUCAACGCCUUGGCGCCAAGGUGCCGCGAGGUGCUUUGCUCCUGGGUCCACCUGGCUGUGGCAAAACACUGCUGGCCAAGGCGGUGGCCACCGAAGCUCAAGUGCCUUUCCUAAGCAUGAAUGGAUCCGAGUUUAUUGAAAUGAUUGGUGGCUUGGGCGCGGCUCGUGUCCGUGAUCUGUUCAAAGAGGGCAAGAAGCGUGCACCCUGUAUUAUAUAUAUUGAUGAAAUCGAUGCCAUUGGACGACAGCGUUCCGGCACCGAGAGCAUGGGCCAGGGCAGCUCUGGUGAAUCGGAGCAGACUCUCAAUCAGCUGCUCGUCGAAAUGGACGGCAUGGCGACCAAAGAAGGCGUCCUUAUGCUGGCCAGCACCAAUCGAGCGGACAUACUCGACAAGGCUCUGCUGCGUCCUGGUCGCUUUGAUCGACACAUUCUGAUCGAUUUGCCGACGCUGCUGGAGCGGAAGGAGAUCUUUGAAAAGCAUUUGUCAUCCGUCAAACUGGAAGAUUCACCGGGCACAUAUUCACAGCGUUUGGCACGUUUAACGCCCGGCUUCUCCGGCGCCGAUAUUGCCAAUGUCUGCAACGAGGCGGCGUUGCAUGCCGCACGACACACACAAACCGAGGUCAGCAGCAAGAAUCUGGAGUAUGCCGUGGAGCGUUUAGUGGGUGGCACUGAGAAGCGUUCUCAUGCUCUUUCGCUGACGGAGCGCAAGGUGAUUGCCUACCAUGAGUCUGGCCAUGCACUGGUCGGUUGGAUGCUGCCCAACUCCGAUAUUCUGCUCAAGGUGACGAUUGUGCCACGGACAAGUCUGGCAUUGGGAUUUGCCCAGUACACGCCGAGUGAACAGCAUUUGUAUUCCAAGGAGGAGCUCUUCGACAAGAUGUGCAUGGCGUUGGGCGGACGUGCUGCGGAGAAUUUGGUCUUUAAUCAGAUAACAACUGGUGCACAAAACGAUUUGGAGAAGGUCACAAAAAUUGCGUAUUCACAGAUUAAGAAAUUUGGCAUGAACAAAGUUCUGGGUCCCAUUUAUAUACGGGAUGCAAAUGAAUCUGACGGAGCUGGUGGCUCUGCUGGUGGCGGCAAACCCUUCUCAAAGGCCAUGGAAAGCACUAUUGAUCAUGAGGCACGCAACAUGGUAUCGGAGGCAUAUCGAAAAACCGAGGAGAUACUUAACAAGCAUCGCGACAAACUGGAGAAGCUGGCAGAGGCGCUGUUGGAUAAGGAGACACUUGACUAUGAUGAGGUGGUUGCUUUAAUUGGUCCACCACCUUUUGAUCCCGCCAAGCGGCAAGUGGACGCUGUGGAAUUCGAGCAGUCGCUGAAGAACCUCAGCAAUGAUGAGUCCAAAUCAUAAAAUCUAUGACUUUCAGUAUGAAUUCAUUUGUUGCAUCUGAUCCCUUCACACCUAGCGCUUUCUUUCUCGCACUCACACGAACUCAUUGACAGCCGGUUCAUGUUCAAUAAAUGUAAAUAAAGUUGUUUACCCUUUUUAAUUGA